AUGAGCCAGACGAGUGCCUCGCGCAUCAUAAACUCGGUGAGCAGCGCGCUCUGCCACUUCGCUGAAAAAGGGAUCAAGUUCCCCGUGACCCCGCAGGCAGCAAUGCGUACUUCACGCGCUAUAGGCCUUGCGGAAAUCAAUGUAUUCCCCAAGAAGCUGGAGUGCAUCGACGGCACGCACAUUGCCCACAAGAAUGCGAAGAAGGACCAGAACAUCUACCGAAACAGGAAAGGCUACGACUUCCUGAAUGUGCAAGCGGUCUGCGAUGCGUCGAACGAAAUCACACAGCUCACUGUGAAGUGGCCGGAGAGCACGCAUGACAGUUGUAUGUGGCGCAACUCCGACUUGUCGGAGAGGUUCGAGGCUGGGGGCAUGCCCGGUGGCUGGUUGCUGG